AUGGGGGAUAAUGAUCCAAAAAAUAUGAAUUCUUCUACUACUCCGAAGCCACGGAAUGAUUCUGGACGAAAUGGUGGACGACCAUUGCAGAAGGCUUUACGUACGCUUUUUGUCAAUGGUAUUCCCCAAAAAAGCAACAAGAGGGAGGCUCUUCUUUCACAUUUUCAAAGAUUUGGGGAGGUUAUUGACAUUUAUAUUCCACUGAGCAGUGAAAGAGCCUUUGUUCAGUUCUCCAAAAGAGAAGAGGCAGAGGCUGCUCUGAAGGAUCCUGAUGCUGUGAUGGGAAACCGCUUCAUCAAGUUGUGGUGGGCUAAUAGGGAUAGCAUCCCUGAUGAUGGCAUCAACAGUGGCAAUGCUGUAUCAGCAGUUUCCCGUGGUGUUACAACAGCUUCUGUUCCCUCACAGCCAUCUAUUACUGAUGGAGCAAAGGAAAAUAUCUCAUCUGCACCUCUCAAGGUUAGUACAUCUGCAUCUGAUGUUCCAGUGCCUGCUGCUGUUCAGCCUAAACCUGUUGUGGUAGAUGGUCCCAAGGCUAUGCCUCCUGUGCAAAAGAAGCUAGAGAAUUUGGAGCUUUUGAAGGAGGAACUCCGCAAAAAGCAGGAAAUGCUGGACCGGAAACGGGAUGCCUUCCGCCGCAAGCUGAAUAAUCUUGAAAAACAAGCUAUAUCAGUUAAGGGUGAAGCAGCUGCUGACCAAGCUAUUAAGAGACAUAAAGUGGGGACAGCAACUGAUGUUGCGAUGGCUGCUAGUCCACGGCCCACAAAUCGUAGUACUACCAGUGAAAGACCAGGUGCUGAAAAGACGUUGGAUAAAAACAAUUUGAGGGAGAAUAGUGCAUCUCCUAGUUCAAAAACAAGCUCAAACCAGAUGUUACAGUCACCCAGGAAUUCGAAGCAGCUGAGUCGUACAUCUGCACCAAUAGGGCCUCCUUUUCCGGUGAAUAGGUUCAAGUUGGACAACCGUCCUACUGCGUUUAAAAUUCUUCCACCUUUACCAGCUGAGUUUGCAAAUGUUGCUACCUUGAAGGAACAUUUUCAAUCAUUCGGUGAUCUGGCCACUGUUGAACUAGACAGUUCGGACUCACAUGCUGGAUUGGCUGGGUUGGAGCCAUCAGCAAAUUGUUCUGCUCGUAUAACCUUCGCAACACGUCGUGCAGCUGAGAGGGCAUUCUUAAACGGUAAAUGCUGGCAAGGCCACAGCUUACAGUUUACGUGGUUGGCUACUUCCAGUAAUUCUGGCAAUGAGCAGGGCGGCAGAGAAAAUUCUCCCAUUCCUAAUCCCGGGGUACCCCUAGAUGCUGAAGUUCCAAGUAAGACAUCAACAUCUGGGUCUUCUUCAUCAACUACAGGUAAAUCAGCAGGCACUGGUUCUCAGGAUGUACCUGCUGCUGGGGAUGGUGACUCUAGGAACUCUCAAGGGAGAAAGAAUGGAGCCGAGGGUAUGGAAGUGGUAGAAGAUUUCCCAUCCAGUUCUACUGCCAUGUCCUCAAGUGAGACUCAUUCACCUAAAGGUGACAUUCUGAUGGUUGAGGAAGGUGCAAAUGUCAGUUCUCUGCAUUUAGAGCAUACUGACGUGGAAGGAUCCAAUUGUGUGAUUGAGGGAGCGUGACCAUACCGAUGCACACGGGGAACAUGACAAUACCAAUGCUCACAUGUGCUUCUCAGCGGGGUCAACAUCUUAAUUUAGACAGAUCCUAAUUGUAAUACCUGCAGGUAUUAUUCAUGAAAUUGAUAACCGGCAGGUUUUGUAUCUACCCUUUCAGUUUACUUUAGCUGUGAGUAUUUUUUUUCUGUUUUUUUCUUGAGAAGAAUAUGACGGAAAAGAGAAAAAGUAAACUAAUCUUCAUCUGGCUGAGGAAAAUUUUCCCUGGACGUGAGCAGCAUUAGUUCAUAUGGUCUGGUUGCAGGCCCUUGUUCAGAUCCCAAUGUACUUAUAUUACAACUGUUAUAUCAGCUGCAAAUAUUUUUAUGGGCUUAAGGUGGGUUUAAUUUGUCCCCAUCUUUUUGGGUCCUCUUGCCAGAAAAAUUGAAUACAAUCAGUUAUUACAUUCCAGUUCCA